AUGACCGUGUAUGAAUGUAGCGCUUCUAUGCGGAGUUUUUUAAAAGACCUUCCUAAGUGCGAACACCACUUGCAUUUGGAAGGAUCCUUGGAACCAGAUUUGUUGUAUCCGUUGGCUCAAAGGAACAAUAUUACGUUGCCUGAACAGUUUCCCAAAACUGUUCAAGAGCUGGAAGAACGCUACACGCGGUUUGAGGACUUGCAGGACUUUUUAAACUUCUACUACAUCGGGUGCGAGGUGCUUUUACAAGAAGAAGACUUCUUUGAUUUGGCGUGGGCGUAUUUCAAGCGUUCUGCUGCACAGGGUCUCAAACACGCAGAGGUCUUUUUCGACCCGCAAAGUCAUACGUCUCGCGGGGUGGCCAUUGAAACAGUGGUGAGUGGAUUCCAGAAGGCGUGCGUCAAGGCACUACAGGAGCUACACAUAUCCUCCAAGCUUAUCAUGUGCCUCCUGCGUCACACUCCUAUCGAGGAGUGUAAAGCUACUUUGGAGAGCUCGCGUGUGUUGUUCGAGACCGGCCAAUUGCACGCAUUGGGUCUGGAUUCCGCAGAAAAGCCUUUCCCCCCGGAACUGUUCACAGAAUGCUAUGCAACUGCAAAGGAGUUUCAUCCAGAUGUUAAGCUCACGGCACAUGCCGGUGAAGAGGGCGACUCCACGUACGUGGAAAAUGCACUGGAUUUGCUAAACGUCACCCGUAUCGACCACGGUGUGAACUCGGCUCAGGACCCAGAGCUCAUGGCCCGUUUGGCGCGUGAAAACAUCAUGCUCACCAUGUGCCCGCUGUCCAAUGUCAAAUUGCAGGUUGUGAAAGAUGUAAGCGAAUUGCCGUUCGACAAAUUUCUAGACGCUGGUAUUUCAUUCUCGUUGAACUCCGACGAUCCUGCUUAUUUUGGGGGCUACAUCCUGGACAACUACGUGGCCGUGCAGACCCGCUUUAACUGGGAUAUGCAGACGUGGAAGAAGGUUGUAAAGCAGACUAUCGAGGGCUCCUGGUGUGAUGCAAAGCGCAAGAACGAGCUGCACCUGCUACUUGACGCUGUAAUGGAGAAAUACGGGAACACAUUGUGA